AUGCGUUUAAGUGACCUGACCCACUCGAUUGUGAAGGAGAAGUUCAGGAAACACAUCAAUAAAGAUUCCCUCACUAAGGAAGAGAAGCUACAGCUAAAGAGAGCGGUCGAAAAAGCAUUGCUUGAAAAUGAGUCCCAGGAGGAUGAGUCCAGCGACGAUGAUGUGCCUCUGAGUUUGACAGCAGAGUUGUUGAGGAAGCAGAGACGCAGGAACAGCGCACCACAUCCAACUGGCGAAGAUGACCAGACGAACGACGAGCCGCCCAUUCUGAUGGAGAAAGCUGGGAGCCGGGGCGGGAGCGCAGUGCGGAGGGAGAGCCCCUCACCGGACCCUGGGGACAGCGAGGAGGAGGAGGAGGAGGAGCAAGUCUCCGACAAACCUCGUCCCCGCACCACGGAGAUCGCACCUCGCCGGGUCAGAGUGUUCCGGCCGGAGGGCACUGGAGGGUCGGUCGGCGAAGGGAUGCUGCGGGGACGGAGCUCCGGGGCGGAGCGCGAGAGCAGGACGGAGGGAGUUUCAUCGGAGAGCGACAGCAUGGGGGACAGCGACCGGGGUUCCGGGGGACCCAGAAAUGGCAAGGGACCGCGUCCCGCCCCAUCGCAGGGCCAGAAACGCAGAGAGGACAGCGAGGAGGAAGGGGAGGAGGAGGACAGCGACUCUCAGACCUUGGCGUCCGGUGAGGACGAGGGCCAAAGAGCUGGGGCAAAGAGCUCCGCGGACGAGAGCUCAGGGGGUGAGGGGUCCCCGUCCUCCAGGGGCCAGGAACGGGCCCCGAAAGGAGGCAGCGACAGUUCGAGCAGCAGCAGUGAGAGCGAUGGAGACAGAGCAAAGAUCUCACACAACAAGGCAAAGAAACACGACAAGAGGAAGCUGAACGAGAAGGAGACGAGGCAGGAAGAGCACCCCACCAUCAAACGCCUGAAACGCUGUAUUGCUGCGUGCGGGGUCCGCCGUAAUUACAAGAAGCUGUUUGCCGACUGCCGCAGCAACAAGGCCAAGAUCAGAGUACUCCGCCAGGAGCUGGAAGACCUCGGUAUUAAAGGAAAUCCCUCCCUGGAGAAGUGUAAGGCCCUGAGGUUUAAACGCGAUGAGGAAGCUGAACUGGCGUCUCUGGAUGUCGCCAACAUUAUCCACAGCGAGGGGCGCCCGCGCCGACAGAGAGCCGCUGCCUGGGACCUGGGCACCAGCCGCCCACAGAGCUACAAGAGAAUGCUACCGUCUGAUUCGGAGGACGAGGAGCGGCCCAGGAAGCUGACCACAUGGUCCAACCUGCAGGGCUUGAUCAGUGACGACUGUGAGAGUGACUGACAGGAAGCUUGUAGGUCAGCACGCUCUCUCACCUUCACACUGCCACUGCUCUCGGCUCGUGUCUCUGUUCCCUUUCCGUCCUGCUGCUCGCUCUCUUUCACACUUCUCCCCUCUCCCUCCUUCCCCCUCCCCCCUCCCCCCCCUCCCCCCCCCCCUCCUUGCCCCUGUCCCCUCCAUCUCCUUUCCCCCUCCCUCCUCCCCACUCCCCUCUUCCUCUCCCUCCUUCCCCCCCUCCCUCUCCCUCCUUCCCCCUGCCUCUUACCCCCUCUCCCUCCUUCUCCCUUCCCCUUACCCUGCUUUCCCUCCUUCUCCCCCCUGCUCCUCACACCGACUCCUGUCCCCUGGUGACUCACCACUUCAGAGAGCGUUUAGGGGCCAGGCCAAUGCGUUACAGGGCACCAGGAAGGAGAGAGGGAGAGAGAGAAUGUGGUGGAAAACAUCAGCUGGAGCAGAGAACAAAGGCACUUGUCUGUUCAAUUGCCAAGUGCAGGGAGGCUGAUCCUGCAGAAUGACUGGGAUUCGGAGCAGGACUAACGGAGAUUUCGCAUAUUCCCCACUCUCACGUGGCUGCCGAUUUUCAGAUUUUGUAUCUUGGGGGAAUCGGGGUAUGUAAAUAAAUAUGUAAUCACA